UUAAUUUUAAUUUUAAUUCAUGGUUUGUAUUCAUAAGGUACCAACUAUAUAACAAGCAGUAGCCCCGUCGAAGACCAGUUCAUUAGCCAAUUUAUUCAUCAACCAAUACAAACUACUGUGAGACUGUCUGCAAGCAAGUGAAAUAUUACAAAAUUUUGUGCAAUAUUCAAAAUUGCCCAGUAGUUAAUAGUUGAAUUAGUUGGUACAUUGUAAAUUAUUUACUCGUGCAAGGUAACUCGUCCAUUAAAGUUCAAUCAAAUGUUGCUUGUGCCAAUGAGAAAUGUUUUAGCUUUCCAAGCUAGAUCAGUUUGUAUUGCUAUAAAAUCGAAUGGCAUAAUAUAUUCAAAUAAUACAAAUUUUGUAAUCUCAAAACGCCAUGCUGUCACAGAUUUUGUUAGUGUUAAAACUAAAAGUAAGGUUUCUGAAUUUAUUGACAGAUUUCAAAUAAUGAAUCCGCUAAGUAAAUCUAAAUAUGAAGCAAAUAGUUGGAUUUUAUAUGAAAAAUUGGUUGACCAAAUUCCUUUUGAUCAGAUCAUGUUAAAACUUAACUUACCAGAUACAUUCAAUUCAUGGUUUAUUAUAACAGAACUUCACUUAUGGAUGAUAUUUGUACGUUUAAUGAAUGAAGGUACUAAAGGAACUAUGAUUAGAAAUUUUCUCAUGGAAGCAUUAUGGAAUGAUGUUGAAUUUCGUUCUAAAAAAUUAGCAACUGUAAGUUCAGAUGUUCGGCAUCGACAAAUAAAGGAAUUGAGUGAUCAAUUACGAGGAGCAUUAGUAGGUUAUGAUGAAGGAUGGCUCAGUAAUGAUAUGGUCUUAGCUAGUAUGGUAUGGCGUAGAGUAUUCAAUAAAGAAUGUAAUGACCCAGAACAAAUUGAAUUAGUAGUGAAAUAUAUCAGGAAACAGAUGUCCAUUCUUCAAUUGCAAACAUUUGAUAGUUUAUUUACAAAAAAAGAUGUCAAAUGGAUAAAAUUUGUAUAGAAGUAAUGUAAAAAGAAAAACGGUGUAUAUUAUAUAUAAUAUUUUACCUAACAAAGUUA